ACACCGGCUCAGUGUAUCGUGGUACAGACUUUGUUUCGUUUUAAGGGAUUUUGCGCUGGUUUAUCGACUUUCCUCAUAAGAGUGGAUUAAAACGACAAUUACUGCGACAAUUACGAAAAAACCCAAUGGCGAACAUAGCAGACAUCGAAGAAAUUGUACAGACAUGGGCAUGGACGGCCUUUCAAAAGACCAGGUCGAAGGACGUCAGCAAAUUAAAACUUGAAGAUGUGAGGCUUGACGUGAAUUGGUCACGAGUUCGAUUCAUAACCAGCCAGCCGGAAUUUUCAGACGGACGAAUGGUAGAAAUGCCAAACUCGCAGGUUGUUUUCACAUCAACUUUUGUCAACAAUACAGACCAAGAACAGGAACAUUCCUUCAAGACAGAACGUACCACCACUUCUGUAAGUACGGUUACUGUUUCAAAAGGCUACAGCAAAGGGUUUAAUCUAGAACUUAAACUAGCACUUCCGGAGGAAGUGGCUGCAGUAACAGCAGGUUUUGGACGGGAAGUAAAUAUGGAUAAUACAGAGGAGAGUUGUCACGAGGAAUCGAUCACGUGGGCUGUAGACAGCACCGUCAGGGUGCCGGCAAAACACACGACCACUGCGGAAAUGGUCGUGAAAGAAAAGCAAUUCACUUCUAGCUACAAAAUGUCAGUGAGAAUACGAGGAAUAGUGAUAGUCUCCGUGCUAAAUUUAAAGGAUAACAAUUCUUUUGUACAGUCUACAGAAGGUGACUUUUCUGUUAUCAUGGCGGACGAGCUGAAACGGGGACGAAGUGGAUAUCAAGUGGAAAACAAAACAGUCAUCUUCAAUGUAGAGGGUUCUUGUAAGUUUAGGUUUGGGGUUGAGCAGAAAGUACAGCUCAAAGAAAAACCGAUCGAAGAUUGAAAUAUGAUUUAAUUGUCAGUUGGUGACAAUUAAUUUUCCGGUUGGUAGCCUAUUUCAUAAGAUAUAUUUGGUUAAAUCAUAUGUCUAUGAUGCGGCUAAGAUCUGGGGAAAAAUUAUGGUGAUCGGUACCAGUGUCUUAAGUCUACAUUAUGGAAUGCCAAGCUUUUUGGUUGUCAAGCAUGCGCAUUGAAAAUUAACUUUUAUAUGAAAGAUCCACGCCGGAUCAACACUAGGUGGCGCUUCACGACAACUUUGCAGGCGCCGUCUGGUGAGAACUGGGAAUGUAAUCACCGCCAGUAUGGUAGUUUAACAAAUUAAUUCAUUAUUAUAUUUAAUAUUCACUAAUUAUAUUGUUACGGUCAAUGAAGUUGAUUGAUGCCGUGAAGUUCGCUUUCGGAUCACAUUAAAAUUACAACUAUUAACGAUAUAUUUGUAACUGUAGGUUGCUGGUAAUGUUGAAUAAUACGUUAAGCUUAAUUGUGAUACUUGUUUAUACAGCUUUUACUUGUUAUCUCUCAAGCUAAACUCAAUAAAUGAGAACAUUUAAUCCAAUCUGCUGACCGGAUGAUCGGAUCUCAAAUCGAAACACAUUUAUUUUCGUAUUUUUUGAAAGCUCACCAGCUGUUAUAAUGUGUAUAAUAGAUAUAUAUGUUAUAAUGUAAAGGGUUUCCUAAGACACUUUAACAGUAGGUCACGAAAAUAGAAACCAAUCGAAAAUCCGUUUCUGAAACUCUGAAAAAUCUGUGAUGUUAAAGUUAGUUUAAAUGCUGAGUAAGGUAGUGUACUGUUAUUGCAGGUAGGCAGAUUGCUGUUUACGAUAAUUGUUCAUUGUCUUUUUUAUCAUUUCAGUAUCAGAAAUUAUCAGUUAGAUAAAAUGGCUCCUAUUUUACUAUUCAGAUUCAUACGAAUGAAAUUAAACUUACAUUCAGUGGGUUCCAAUACAGAUUUGGUUUAUACACUACGGAUGUGACCCAAAUAUUUAAAAAAAAAAACGGUAUCUGAAUAUAAGUACACUUCCUGGAAUGACCGGAAAACAUUAAUAUUCCCUUUAAAGUGAACAUGUAUGAUGAAAUGUAAAAAUAACAAAGAAACAUUAUCACGUACACUUAUACGAGAAUAUAAUACCAAAAGAAUGUAUAUAUAGGGUGCUAAUCAUUCGUAAUGAACUUUUCUGUUCUAGCCGACUUCCUCGUGUGUUAAGAGCACAUGUUCAAACAGACGUAGCAUGUAAUUUUACAAAUAUUACCAGGUGGCUGUCGGUAAACAACAUUGUCAUAUCGUAAGCAUAUUAUUAUGAUUCUGUACCAAAUUUUACAAUAUACAUUGACAUUAAUGUAAAGGAUUUUAUAUUAAACCAAAAAUAAGAUCUCA